UGCACCUGCAGAGGCGCGCGGAGCGCUGCGCGCGGCUGGGCCAUGGGACACCUGUGGCUCGCGGGGCUCUGGGGCCUCUGGGGGCUGCUGCUCUCCGCUGCGGGUUCUCCCACAGAUGGCUCUAAAAUAAUCCCCAGAGUCACAGAAGUGAUGCCUAAGUACGGUAGUGUAAAUGGAGCCACGAGACUGACUAUCAAAGGAGAAGGUUUUUCUCAAGCAAACCAGUUUAACUAUGGAGUUGAUAAUGCUGAUUUGGGAAACAGUGUACAAUUAGUUUCUUCUUUCCGGUCAAUUACUUGUGAUGUAGAAAAAGAUUCAAGUCAUUCAACUCAAAUUACAUGCUAUACUAGACCAAUGCCAGAAGAUUCCUACGCUGUCCGAGUCAGCGUGGAUGGGGUUCCUAUUGCAGAAAACAACACCUGCAAGGGUCGGAUCAACAGCUGGGCCUGCAGCUUCAAUGCAAAAAAUUUCAGAACACCAACCAUAAGGAGCAUCACACCUACUUCUGGCACUCCAGGCACACUAAUAACAAUCCAAGGCAGAAUUUUCACCGAUGUCUAUGGAAGUAAUACUGCACUAAGCUCAAAUGGGAAAAAUGUUAGGAUUUUGAGAGUUUAUGUUGGAGGAAUGCCCUGUGAGCUUCUUAAACCACAGUCUGAUGAUCUGUAUGGUCUAAAACUGGAUCAUCCAAGCGGGGACGUGGGCACGGUGGUGUGUAAGGUGACGGGGACUUACGUUGGUCAUCACAAUGUCAGCUUCAUCUUAGACAGUGAUUAUGGAAGGAGCCUCCCACAGAAAAUGGCAUAUUUUGUUUCUUCUCUCAAUAGAAUUUCAAUGUUUCAAACGUUUGCAGAGGUUACUAUGAUUUCACCUUCAAAAGGAAGCAUUCAAGGUGGUGCCACACUCCGAAUAAAUAGUCGCUUCUUUGAUCAGACUGAUCUCCCAGUGACAGUUCUAGUUGGAGGACAACCUUGUGAUAUUUUGAAUGUCACAGAAGACAGUAUAUGUUGCAAGACACCCCCCAGACCUCACAUUCUCAAAACUGUGUACCCAGGUGGGAGAGGUCUAAAGCUUGAGGUAUGGAACAGCAGUCAGCCAGAACAGCUUGAGGAGAUCCUUGGAUACAGUGAGAACACACCAGGGUACCUGGGUGCCACCUGGGUAGAUUCUGCUUCUUAUAUUUGGCCCAUGGAACACGACACAUUUGUUGCGCGCUUCAGUGGAUUUUUGGUGGCUCCGGAUUCAGAUGUUUACAGAUUCUACAUCAGAGGUGACGACCGUUAUGCCGUUUAUUUCAGCCAGACUGGACUUCCAGAAGACAAGGUGAAAAUUGCGUAUCAUUCAGCCAAUGCCAACAGUUAUUUUUCCAGCCCAACGCAAAGAUCAGAUGAUAUUCAUCUUCAGAAAGGAAAAGAAUAUUACAUUGAAAUUUUGCUGCAGGAAUACAGAUUAAGUGCUUUUGUUGAUGUUGGACUGUACCAGUAUAAAAGUGUAUACACUGAACAGCAAACAGGAGAUGCAGUAAAUGAAGAACAAGUUAUAAAAUCCCAGUCGACAGUCAUCCAGGAAGUCCAGGUUAUAACUUUGGAAAACUGGGAGACAGCUAUUGCAACUAAUGAAGUUCAGAAGAUCAUAGUAACUAGCCCAUGUGUGGACACUAAUUCAUGUUCACAUUACCAGUUCAGGCUAAUCUAUAACUUGGAGAAAACCGUCUGGCUACCUGCUGAUGCUUCCGAAGUCCUAUUGCAAUCUGCUUUAAAUGACCUCUGGUCUAUAAAGCCUGAUACAGUUCAAGUAAUAAGGGUACAAAGUCUCCAGCACUGUAUAUACACAGUGACUUUCCUAUCAAAUAGAGGAGACUUUGAUCUGCUCGCUUAUGAAGUAUUUGAAGGGAAUAAUGUUACAGUGGAUAUUGAAGAGCAAACCAAAGGAAAACCCAGUCUGGAGACAUUCACACUGACAUGGGAUGGGAUUCUUUCUAAGCCUCUUACUCCGUGGUCAUCAGAAGCUGAAUUUCAGGUAGCUGUGGAAGAAAUGGUUAGCACUAAAUGUCCCCCACAAAUUGCUCAUUUUGAAGAAGGAUUUGUUGUGAAAUACUUCAGAGACUAUGAAACUGAUUUUGACUUGGAAAAUGUUAAUAGAGGCCAGAAGACAGCUGAAAGCGAUGCUUACUGUGGUCGUUAUUCCUUGAAAAAUCCAUCUGUUCUUUUUGACUCAGCAGAUGCUAAACCAAACAGACUACCAUAUGGAGACAUUUUAUUAUUUCCUUAUAAUCAGUUAUGCUUAGCAUACAAAGGAUUUUUGGCAAAUCAUAUUGGUCUAAAAUUUCAGUACCAAGACAAUGGCAAGAUUACUAGAAGCACAGAGAGACAAUUUAUGUAUAAAUUUGCUCAGGAGAACAGUUGGACCUAUACUUGCUUAGAUCUUCUGGAUCUCAUACAGAGUAAACAGACUGGAACAGAUUUUUCUCUUCAAAGAAUUAGUUUACAGAAAGCAUCAGAAAUGCAAUCUUUCUAUGUGGAUGUUGUGUACAUUGGACAGGUAUCUACAACCUCAACCCUGGAUGAAAUGCCCAAGAGAAGACUUCCAGCAUUAGCAAGUAGAGGAAUAUUUUUGAAGCACUUUCAAGUGAAUGAGAGCAAAAGAGAUGAAUCAACUAUGACGAUCCAAUAUUCUGUCACCAUGACGUCAUACAAUUGCAGUUACAACAUACCCCUGAUGGCUGUGAGCUUUGGACAGAUAAUCACAAGCGAGACAGAAAAUGAAUCUGUUUACAGAGGAAAUAAUUGGCCAGGGGAGUCAAAGAUUCGCAUUCGAAGAAUUCAAGAAGCUUCUCCCCCUAUAAGUGGCAGCUUUGACAUUCAAGCUUAUGGACAUAUUCUCAAAGGCAUUCCCGCUGAUGUAUCAGUUGCAGAUCUGCGAUUUGCUCUCCAGAGCCUGGAGGAGGCGGGACAAGUCUCAGUGACACGGGAGGGAACCUGUGCUGGAUACGCCUGGAGCAUCAAGUGGAGGAGCGCUUGUGGAAAGCAGAGUCUUCUACAGAUUAAUGAUUCCAAUAUUGUGGGAGAAAAGGCGAAUAUGACCGUUACAAAGGUGAAGGAAGGUGGCCUGUUCAGACAGCGCAUACUCGGAGACCUGUUUCGGACCCCCCAUCAACAGCCGCAGGUUGAAGUCUACAUCAAUGGUAUUCCAGCAAAAUGUUCAGGUGACUGCAGUUUUACGUGGGAUCCCGCGGCUACUCCCCAAGUCUUGGCCAUAAGCCCUUCUCAAGGGUCCUAUGAAGAAAGCACACUUUUAACCAUAGCAGGCUCUGGAUUUUCUCCUAGCUCAGCAGUGUCAGUCUCCAUUGGAUCUACUAAUUGCUCUCUUCUUUCUGUGGAGGAAAAUGAGAUCAAGUGCCAGGUUCUGAAGGGAAGCGCUGGACGUUUGCCCGUUGCAGUGUCCGUGGCUGAUGUUGGACUGGCGCGGACCGCACACAGCCAGGGAUUCCACUUCGUUUAUCAGAGUGGGAUCUCACACAUCACGCCUGAUUCUGGGAGCCUGGCAGGUGGUACUCUCUUGACCCUAUCUGGAUUUGGCUUUAGUGAAAAUUCAAAGGUUUUAGUUGGAAAUGAAACCUGCGAUGUGAUUGAAGGGAAUUUGAAUAGGAUUACCUGCAGAACACCCAAAAGAAGUGAGGGCACAGUUGAUAUUUCAGUUAUUACCAAUGGAUUUCAAGCCACCGUCAGGAAUGUUUUCAGAUAUAAUUGCUUACAGACUCCAGUUAUAACGGAUUUUAGCCCCAAAAUACGGACAAUUCUAGGAGAUGUUAAUUUAACAAUUAAGGGUUAUAACUUUGGAAAUGAACUUACACAAAACGUGGUGGUAUAUGUUGGAGGAAAAGUCUGCCAGAUUCUCCACUGGAACUUCACAGAUAUUAGGUGCCUUUUACCACUGCUGUCUCCUGGAGAACAUUCUGUCUAUGCAGAAGUCAGAAACUGGGGUUUUGCAUCAACAAGUGACAAGUUAAAUGCUUCGGUACAGUAUGUCUUGGAAGUCACAGACAUGUUUCCACGCCGAGGUUCCUUAUAUGGUGGGACUGAAAUCACUAUAAUGGGAUUUGGCUUCAGCACGAUACCAGCUGAGAAUACUGUCCUCUUAGGUUCUUUCCCUUGCAAUGUUACAAGGUCAUCAGAAAACGCCAUAAAAUGUACUCUUCAUUCAACAAGGAAUGUGUUCCGAGUUACCAAUGACGGGAGUGAUUUAGUGCAUGGAUUGGGUUACGCCUGGUCACCGUCCGUCUUAAAUGUGUCUGUCGGAGACACAGUGAUAUGGCAUUGGCAGGCACCUCCGUUUCUUAGGGGAGUGGGAUAUAGAGUUUUCUCUGUCUCCAGUCCUGGAAGUGUGACUUACGAUGGCAAAGGAUUUACAAAUGGAAGACAAAAAUCUAUAUCAGGUUCAUUUUCUUACCAAUUUACUUCGCCUGGAAUCCAUUAUUACAGCAGCGGCUAUGUUGAUGAGGCUCACUCCAUUUCCCUCCAAGGAGUCGUUAACGUUUUACCAGCUGAAAGCAGGCACCUUCCCCUGCACCUGUUCGUGAGCAGCACUGAAGCCACGCACAUUCAGGGAGGACCUGAGAAUUUGCACUUAGGAAGCUCUGGGGCAGGCUGCCUAGCAACAGAACCUCUGUGUGGUCCGAAUGAUACCAGGGUUCAAAAUUCAAGUAUAUUUCUCUUUGAGCUUUCAAGUUGCAUUUCGCCAUCCAUUAGCAACAUCACUCCAUCCACCGGGACAGCAAAUGAAUUGAUAACAAUUACUGGAAGUGGCUUCAGUAACCUCACAUGUGCUAAUAAGGUUACAAUUGGUCACUACCCUUGUGUUGUAGAAGAAAGUAGUGCCAAUUCUAUCACGUGCCAUAUUGAUCCGCAAGACUCAAUGGAGGUUGGCAUCCGGGAGCUUGUCACUUUGGUUGUCUACAACCUGGGCACUGCAAUCAAUACACUGUCCCAUGAGUUUGAUAGGCGGUUUGUUCUGUUGCCCAGCAUUGACAUGGUAUGGCCGAACACAGGGUCGACGACAGGAUUGACGCGGGUGAUCAUUAAAGGCUCUGGGUUUUCUUGGGCAGGUGUAGAGGUCUUUAUGGGUCACUUCCCCUGCAAAGUUCUCACAGUGAAUUACACGGCUGUGGAAUGUGAAACGUCCCCUGCGCCCAGACAGCUUGCUCAGGUGCAUCUUCUGACACGUGGAGUGCCUGGCCUCUGUCAGGGCAGCUGCAGCUUUGCAUACUCCGACAGCAUCACCCCGUACAUCACGGGAGUCUCCCCAAACACCAUCAGAGGACCUGUAAAAGUGCUCAUUGAAGGAGCAGGUUUUGGGACUGUGUUGGAAGAGAUUGCUGUUCUCAUUGGAAAUCAACAGUUCAGAGCCAUAGACGUGAAUGAAAAUAACAUCACUGUUCUCGUGUCUUCCCUCCCGGCCGGACUCCAUCCUCUCAGAGUAGUGGUGGGAACUAAAGGCUUGGCUCUGGGAAACCUGACCGUCAGCAGCCCCAUGGAAGCAUCUGUCUCGCCAUCCUCCGGAAGCCUUGGUGGAGGAACAAUGUUGGUCAUCACAGGGAAUGGCUUCCAUCCGGACAGCACCACAGUCACUGUUGGGGAGGGCCCCUGUCAGAUUCUGUUUGCCAACGCCAGUGAGGUGCACUGUAGCACCCCAGCAGGGAGAGCUGGGAAGGCCGAUCUGCAGGUCCUGGUCAAUGCAGUUCCUUACCCACCUUUACCGUUCACGUAUGCCCUGGAGGAUACCCCAUUUCUCAGAAGAAUUGCCCCAAACAUAGGUCCCCCAGGAACUGAAGUUGAGAUCACUGGCUCUAACUUUGGUGUUGACAUCUCAGAAGUUUCCGUGACGAUCAGCAACGCUGGCUGCAAUGUGACCAUGGUCAAUGGCAGCGUGUUGCGGUGUGUCGCUGGAGAUCAUGCUGGUGGUACUUUUCCUGUGCUGCUGCAUCACAAGACAAAAGGCUCUGGCGUGUCCACUGUCGUAUUUGAGUACCCACUUCAUAUUCACAGUAUUCACCCAGAGCAAGGGAGCUUUGGUGGUGGCCAGAUCCUGACUGUGACAGGUGUUGGUUUUAACCCACAAGAUUCAGUCAUAUCGAUCUGCAGCACAGAAUGUGCAACCGAUAGACUUAGGUCGGAUCGCACCACAUUAUUAUGUGAAAUCCCACCUCAUGAUGGCGUGGGACCUGACCAAGUGUGUGAAGUGCGUGUGGUCAAUGGGAAAGAUUCAUCCCCGUCCACGACUCUGUUUACUUACAUGAUGGCACUGACUCCGCGUGUCACUGAAAUAUCUCCCACAAAAGGCAGUACGGCAGGGGGCACCAGGCUUACAGUGCUGGGAUCAGGAUUCAGUGAAAAUCCACAAGAUGUUCAGGUCACCAUAGCAGAAGCCAAAUGUGAUGUGGAGUAUUCCAACAAGACGCACAUCAUCUGUGUGACAAAUGCCCAUACUCCUUCAGGGUGGGCCCCCGUUCAUGUCAACAUCAGAAACAUCGGCAUGGCUAGACAGGAGAAUACUUACUUCCUAUAUGUUGAUAUUUGGUCCUCCAACUUCUCAUGGGGAGGAAAACCUCCCCCAGAGGAAGGGUCACUCGCUGUGAUUACCAAAGGACAGAUACUAUUACUGGACCAAAGUACUCCAAUUCUGAAAAUGCUGCUUAUUCAGGGUGGAACUCUAAUCUUUGAUGAAGCUGACAUUGAACUCCAGGCAGAAAAUAUUCUAAUUACAGACGGAGGCACUCUUCAGGUUGGGACGGAGACGUCGCCCUUCCAGCACCAGGCAGUCAUCACGCUGCACGGGCACCUGCGCUCCCCGGAGCUCCCUGUGUACGGCGCCAAAACGCUGGCGGUGCGGGAGGGCACGCUGGACCUGCACGGUCUGCCUGUUCCUGUGGUCUGGACUCGCCUGGCUCAGACUGCAAAGGCCGGGCAGUGGACCUUGAUUUUACAAGACCCAGUGACGUGGAAAGCGGGAGAUGCCAUUGUAAUCGCAAGCACAGGACACAGACACAGCCAACAAGAAAAUGAAAAAAGGACCAUUGCAUCUGUGUCAGCCGAUGGUGUGAGCAUCACGUUAACUCGGCCACUGAACUACACACACUUAGGAAUCACUGUCACACUCCCUGAUGGAUCCUUGUUUGAAGCAAGAGCAGAAGUUGGAAUACUCACAAGAAAUAUCAUAAUCAGAGGCUCUGAGAAUGUGGAAUGGAAUAGCAAAAUCCCAGCAUGCCCUACUGGAUUCGACACAGGUGAAUUUGCUACCCAGACGUGUCUCCAAGGAAAAUUUGGAGAGGAAAUAGGAAGUGACCAGUUUGGAGGCUGCGUUAUGUUUCAUGCACCUCUGCCUGGUGCCGACGUGGUCACUGGAAGAAUAGAGCACGUAGAGGUAUUCCAUGCUGGCCAGGCUUUCCGGUUGGGCCGAUACCCAAUACAUUGGCACCUACUUGGAGAUUUACAGUUCAAAUCUUAUGUAAGAGGUUGUGCAAUUCACCAGUCCUAUAACAGAGCUGUUACCAUCCAUAACACACAUCACCUUCUGGUUGAGAGGAACAUUAUCUAUGACAUCAAGGGAGGAGCAUUUUUUAUAGAAGACGGUAUUGAACAUGGCAACAUUCUGCAAUAUAACUUGGCAGUCUUUGUACGGCAAAGCACUAGUCUUCUGAAUGAUGAUGUCACACCAGCUGCAUUUUGGGUGACUAACCCAAACAACACCAUACGGCACAACGCAGCUGCUGGUGGCACUCACUUUGGCUUUUGGUAUCGGAUGAACAACCACCCUGAUGGACCAUCCUAUGACCGAAACAUCUGCCAAAAAAGAGUUCCUCUUGGAGAGUUCUUUAACAACACUGUUCAUUCUCAAGGAUGGUUUGGACUGUGGAUCUUUGAAGAGUAUUUCCCCAUGGAAACAGGAUCCUGUACGUCUACCGUGCCCCUACCUGCAGUCUUUAAUUCACUGACUACUUGGAAUUGUCAAAAAGGAGCUGAAUGGGUCAACGGAGGGGCCCUGCAGUUCCAUAAUUUUGUGAUGGUCAAUAACCAUGAAGCUGGAAUUGAGACCAAGAGGAUCCUGGCUCCUUAUGUUGGAGGAUGGGGUGAAACCAGCGGAGCCGUGAUUAAAAAUGCCAAAAUCGUUGGUCAUCUUGAUGAACUGGGAAUGGGCACUGGGUUUUGCACAUCUAAAGGCUUGGUCCUCCCAUUUAGUGAAGGCCUGACUGUAUCUUCUGUACAGUUUAUGAACUUUGACCGUCCCAACUGUGUAGCCUUGGGAGUGACAUCCAUCACUGGAGUUUGUCAUGACAAAUGUGGAGGGUGGAGUGCAAAGUUUGUGGACAUCCAGUAUUUUCACACACCUAAUAAGGCUGGCUUUCGGUGGGAACAUGAAGCUGCUCUAAUUGAUGUUGACGGUUCACUUACAGGGCACAAAGGACACACGGUCAUUCCCCACAGUUCGUUGCUGGACCCUUCGCACUGCACUCAGGAAGCCCAGUGGAGCAUUGGGUUCCCUGGCUCUGUCUGUGACGCCUCAGUUAGCUUCCACAGAUUAGCCUUCAACAAGCCUUCCCCGGUAUCUCUGCUUGAAAAAGAUGUGGUUCUCUCAGAUUCUUUUGGCACAAGCAUUGUUCCCUUUCAGAAGAAACGACUGACUCAUACGUCUGGAUGGAUGGCGUUGAUUCCAAAUGCCAAUCACAUUAACUGGUACUUUAGGGAUGUGGACCACGUGACCAACAUAUCCUACACAUCCACAUUCUAUGGGUUUAAGGAAGAAGACUAUGUAAUUAUAUCCCAUAACUUCACCCAAAGUCCUGACAUGUUUAGUGUUAUUGAUAUGAGGAAUGGCUCUUCAAAUCCAUUGAACUGGAAUACUAGCAAAAAUGGGGACUGGCAUCUUGAAGCAAACACUAGCACUCUGUAUUACUUGGUGUCAGGAAGAAGUGAUCAUCAUCAAAGUCAGUCCAUUUCUGGGACCCUGGACCCCGAUGUGAAAGAUGUUGUUAUUAAUUUCCAAGCUUACUGUUGCACUCUCCAGGAUUGCUUUCCUGUCCAUCCUCCAUCCAGAAAACCAAUUCCCAGGAGGCGGCCAGCCUCUUACAUUUUAUGGUCAAAUCAUUCUUUUUGGCAAUCAUCUCAAGAAAAUAAUUAUACUGUACCUCACCCCGGAGCACAGGUCGUUAUUCCUGAAGGAGCAUGGAUUGUAGCCGACACAGAUUUGCCACCAAUGGAAAGACUCAUUAUCUGGGGAGUUCUGGAACUAGAAGAUAAAUCCAGUGUAGGAGCUUCCGGGCCCUCUUACAGGAGAAUUGUUUUGAAUGCUACCUACAUCUCCGUGCAAGGAGGUAGAUUAAUUGGUGGCUGGGAAGAUAAUCCUUUUAAAGGAGAAUUACAGAUUAUUCUUCGAGGAAAUCAUUCUACCCCAGAAUGGGCUCUUCCAGAAGGACCAAAUCAAGGAGCAAAGGUCUUAGGGGUGUUUGGUGAGCUGGAUCUUCAUGGACUUCCACGUUUAAUAUAUAAGACUAAACUAUCAGAAACUGCAGAAGCAGGUUCCAAAGUUCUGUCUCUGAUGGAUGCUGUGGAUUGGCAGGAAGGAGACGAGAUUGUGAUAACCACCACAAGUUAUGAUUUACACCAGACAGAAACUAGAAGUAUUGUUAGAAUCCUGCAUGGACACAAAAUUCUCAUUCUCAAUGAUAGCCUUUCCUACAAUCACCUUGCCAAAAGAUACUAUAUCCCUGAAACAGGUCAGAACUACAUUUUAGCUGCGGAUGUUGGAUUACUAAGUAGGAACAUCAAAAUAGUUGGUGAAGAUUACCCUGGUUCGUCCAGGGACUCUUUUGGUGCACGCAUCCUGGUUGGCUCAUUCACUGGAAAUAUGAUGACCUUUAAAGGAAAUGCAAGAAUAAGUAAUGUUGAAUUUUAUCACAGUGGUCAAGAAGGCUUCAGGGACAGCACAGAUCCAAGAUACGCAGUGACAUUUCUUAACCUAGGACAGAUUCAGGAACACAGCUCAUCUUACAUUCGGGGCUGUGCCUUUCAUCACGGCUUCUCCCCAGCAAUCGGCGUGUUUGGCACAGAUGGCGUGGACAUAGAUGACAACGUUAUCCACUUCACGGUGGGAGAAGGCAUCAGAGUAUGGGGGGAUGCCAACAGAGUCCGAAGAAACCUGGUGGCACUUUCAGUUUGGCCAGGAACCUAUCAGAACAGAAAAGAUUCAAGUUCCACCCUCUGGCAUGCAGCAAUCGAGAUAAACAGAGGAACUAAUACAGUUUUACAAAAUAAUGUGGUUGCUGGAUUUGGAAGAGUGGGAUACCGCAUUGAUGGUGAACCUUGCUCAAGUCAGCCUAAUCCUGUGGAAAACUGGUUUGACAAUGAGGCGCACGGGGGUUUGUAUGGCGUCUAUAUGAACCAAGAUGGCCUUCCUGGAUGUUCCCUUAUUCAGGGCUUUACCAUUUGGAUGUGCUGGGAUUACGGAAUUUACUUUCAGACCACAGAGCGUGUACACAUCUACAAUGUGACCUUAGUGGACAAUGGAAUGGCCAUUUUUUCAAUGAUUUACAUGCCACCUGCUGUAUCUCACAAAAUUUCCAGUAAAACAGUGAAGGUGGAGAGCACAUUAAUUGUUGGAAGUAGCCCUGAAUUUAACUGCUCUGACGUCCUACGCGAUGAUGACCCCAAUAUUGAACUCACUGGUGCACAUCGCAGUGCUAGACCUCCAGCAGGCGGAAGAAGUGGAAUUUGCUGGCCUACCUUUGCUUCAGCUCACAACAUGGCACCCUGGAAGCCCCACGCUGGGAUCAUGAGUUACAAUGCUAUCAGUGGCCACCUGGAUGUCUCGGGUUCAACAUUUGUUGGAUUUAAGAAUGUUUGUUCAGGAGAAACUAAUGUGAUAUUCAUGACAAACCCUUUAAAUGAAGAUUUACAGCAUCCAAUCUAUGUGAAGAACAUACGACUGGUUGACACUACUGAACCAUCUAAAAUAUAUAUACACAGGCCUGACAUAAGUAAAGUGAAUCCAUCUGAUUGUGUGGACAUGGUUUGUGAUGCCAAAAGGAAGUCUUUUCUCAAAGACCUGGAUGGAUCCUUUCUGGGGAAUUCUGGCUCAGUGAUACCUCAGGCAGAAUAUGAGUGGAAUGGCAACAGCCAGCUAGGAAUCGGAGACUACAGAAUUCCUCAGGUGAUGCUCACGUUCUUGAAUGGAAGCAGAAUUCCUGUCAGUGAGAAAGCACCUUACAAAGGAAUUAUUCGAGAUGCAACCUGUAAAUACAUUCCAGAGUGGCAGAGCUACCAGUGCUUUGGGAUGGAAUACGCAAUGCUGGUUAUCGAAAGCCUGGAUUCUGACACUGAGACGCGAAGACUUUCACCUGUGGCUAUAGUGAGCAAUGGUUAUGUCGAUCUCCUUAAUGGCCCACAGGAUCAUGGCUGGUGUGUAGGAUACACAUGCCAGAGAAGACUAUCCCUGUUUCAUAGUAUUGUGGCUCUGAACAAAUCUUACGAGGUUUACUUCACGGGCACCAGUCCUCAGAAUCUUCGAUUGAUGCUGCUUAAUGUUGAGCAUACUAGGGCUGUUCUAGUUGGAAUUUUUUAUUCCACACUUCAGCGUUUGGAUGUGUAUGUGAACAAUUCACUGGUGUGUCCCAGAGAUACAAUAUGGAACCCUCAACAGAAGCUCUGUGCAUUUAACAGGGACCCCCGUGCAGGCAUUUCCUCAGAGAAGUACAAAGCACAUGACCAGUUUCUUCCUAAACUGAAUUCCACUGUUCUCGGUGAAAACUACUUUGACAGAACCUACCAGAUGCUUUACAUUUUGGUUAAAGGAACCACACCUGUUGAAAUCCACACCGCCAUGGUCAUAUUUGUUUCUUUUCAAUUACCUGCUGUAACAGAAGAUGACUUUUACAGCUCACACAAUCUGGUUAGAAAUCUCGCCUUGUUCCUAAAUAUACCAAGUCACAAAAUCCGAGUCAGCAAAGUAAUACGUGAAAAGAGUCUGAGGAGGAAAAGAUCUACAGGACAUUCAAUUGAGUUAGAGAUUGGAGAGCCUCCCAUGCGGAUCUUAAGCAAUGACACCACAGGUCAGAUGAAAUUGUCUGAAUUUCAGGAAAUUUCUGGUUCUCUUGGACAAGCUGUAAUUUUAGGAAAAAUCAGUGGUAUCCUUGGAUUUAAUAUUUCUUCCAUGUCUAUCACCAACCCUAUUCCCAGUCCAAAUGAUUCUGGCUGGAUUAAGGUGACUGCCCAGCCCGUUGCCAGGGCUGCGUUUCCUGUUCACCACGUGGCCCGGGUGUCCUCACUCUCUGUGGUCACUCAGCCAGUGGCAGGACAACCUGGACAGCCGUUUUCUCAGCAGCCUUCAGUAAAAGCCGUGGAUCCUGAGGGUAAUUGUGUGUCUGUUGGGAUUACUUCACUGACUCUGAAGGCUGUGCUCAAGGACUCCAGUAAUAACCAAGUCAGUGGCCUUGGUGGAAACACAACAAUUCUAUUUAGCAGCUGUUGGGCCAACUACACAGACCUUACUCCUCUCAGAACAGGAAAAAAUUAUAAGCUUGAAUUUCUCUUGGAUGAUGUCAUUCGGGCAGAAUCUAGAACGUUCAGCCUGCCAGUGCAGUCUGUCUCUGGUGACGGUGGCAGCAGCACUAGCAGCAGCAGCAGUGGCGGCAGCAACGGCAACCACAGCAAAGCAUCAGCUGUGGGCACAGCUGCCCAGACCGUGGCUGUCCUGAUGAGCUGUCUGGCGGGAAGAGUGUUGCUGUUGGAAAUAUUCAUGACUGCAGCUUUUGUGCUGAAUAUAAAUGUGGGAAGAAACUAAAGGACUGCUCUGAAUGGAGAUGCUGAAAACAAAACACAAGAUUCCUUUAUGACCUAUUUUAUGGUACAACAGUAAAAAUUCUAGAGCAUUUUCAAGAAAAUAUUCUAAAAUAUUUUUAUAAUGUUUAAUGUGUACUCAGCUUUAAUCACAAAAGCCAGGUUUCUUCAAAAUAUAAAUUGCUUAUGAUUCCUUUUUAUUUGUAUGUUCUCAUUUUACCUGAGAAAACUUUAAUAAAUCUCUGAUUUGAAGCAGA